UUUCGCGAUUCUCACUCUUCUUCUCACCCAACCUCUCUUUCUUUUCUUUCUAUCUAUCUUCUCUCUCUUUCCUCUUUCUCUCUCAUCAUCGUCGCGCUUCCUUCGCAGAAAAUCUCUCAGAUUCUCUCUAUUUCCAUACACAAUCAAAAAUAAAAAAAGUUAAUCGAUCUUCACAAUCACCACCUCAACCAUCACAAACAAAAAAUCUUUCCCUUUCUCUUCGGUCCCAAAAAAAAAUUAAUUCAAAUUUCCCCUUUUUUCCACCUAAGCCCUAGAAAUCAAAAUUCACCUACCUCUUUCAACCCUUUUUACUUCGAAUUCGAUCUUUUUGUAACCAUGUUGUAUUUGAAGAAGAGAUCUUGCUUGAUCUAGGGUUUCUUCUUCUUUGAAUUGUUUCGAAUCUAGGGUUUGUGAGAAUUCGAUUUUGGAAUUGAUGUUUCUUUUCAGGGACGAAGCUUGGAUCGAUUCGGAAGAUGGAGGAUUAUGCAUGGGUUCGGUGGUGAGAAGUGGAAACACAAUCGGCACAUGUGGCCUGUACCUUCUAACGCGACCACUGUAGUCCCUGUUUCUUCACCGUCUCAAUUUAUAUGCAAAGAUGGACGCAAGAUUCGUGUUGGUGACUGUGCACUUUUCAAACCACCCCAGGACUCACCUCCUUUUAUUGGAAUAAUUCGCAAGUUAACGUUCCAUAAAGAAGAAAAUCCAAGUUUACAAGUGAAUUGGUUUUACCGACCUGCUGAUUUGAAGCUCGCUAAAGGGAUUGUAGUGGAAGCUGCACCAAACGAAGUCUUCUACUCCUUUCACAAGGAUGAGAUAUAUGCUGCAUCAUUACUCCAUCCUUGUAAAGUCGCAUUUCUCCGUAAAGGUGUUGAACUUCCUUCAGGGAUAUCCGCAUUUGUUUGUAGACGAGUGUACGACAUUGAUAACAACUGUUUACGGUGGCUAACUGAUAAAGAUUAUAUUAAUGAACAGCAGGAAGAAGUUGACCAGUUAUUAGACAAGACAAAACUAGAAAUGCACGGUGCUGUGCAAUCAGGAGGCCGUUCCCCAAAACCCUUGAAUGGUCCAUCAUCAACACAGUCAUUGAAAUCUGGUUCUGAUAACAUUCAAAAUAGUUCUUCCUUUGGUGUACAGGGUAAAGGAAAAAAGAGAGAGAGAGGUGAUCAGGGAUCUGAUUCAUCUAAAAAAGAGCGAUUAUUUAAAGUAGAAGAUGGAGAUUCUAGUCAAUUCAGACCAGAGGGCACACUAAGGUCUGAGAUUGCUAAAAUCACUGAUAAAGGUGGGCUUGUGGACUUUGAAGGAGUUGAAAGAUUUGUACAGCUCAUGCAACCUGACAGUGCUGAUAAAAAAAUAGAUCUGGCUGGGCGAAUAAUGCUUGUUGAUGUAAUAGCGCUCACAGAUCGCUAUGACUGUCUUGGCUGGUUCGUACAGCUCAGGGGUUUGCCUGUGCUAGAUGAAUGGCUGCAGGAGGUCCAUAAGGGAAAAAUUGGUGAUGGUAAUGUUGAUAAGUCUGAAGAAUUUUUGUUAGCUUUACUUCGUGCUCUGGAUAAGCUUCCUGUGAACCUUCAUGCACUACAAACCUGUAAUGUUGGAAAAUCUGUUAAUAAUUUACGUAGCCACAAAAAUUCUGAAAUUCAGAGGAAAGCCAGGAGUUUGGUAGACACAUGGAAGAAACGUGUUGAAGCUGAAAUGAACAUGACUGACUCAAAAUCUAGUUCAACCCGUGCUGUUUCUUGGCCUGCAAAGCCAGCACCACCUUCUGACAUUUCACACUCCGCAAAUAGGAAAACUGGAGGAUCCUCUGAGAAUGUUGCAAAGAGCUCUCCUAUUCAACCUUCAUCAUCCAAAAAUUCUCAAGCUAAACUUAAUUCUGGAGAAGCACUAUCCAAGUUCUCUUCAUCCCCUGGAUCAACUAAAUCUAUGACUGUUUCAGUAGGAAGCAAUGCAAAAGAUCAAAAUACUAAACUCGUUGGAGCAACGACAUCGGAUCUACCUCUAACACCUAUCAAGGAGGAGAGGAGCAGCAGUUCUAGUCAAUCUCAAAACAACAGCAUAUCUUGUUCUAGUGACCAUGCAAAGACUAUUGGUUCUUGCCGGGAAGAUGCAAAGAGCUCCACUGCAGCGUCAAUGAGUGUGAGCAAAGUUGCUGGUGGUGCAUCCCGAACUCGGAAGUCAAGUAACGGUGUACAUGGAGCUGGCGUUGCUGUAGUUCAGAAGGAUCAUAGCUCUGCAAAGAAUUCAACAAGAAAUUCACCUUCUGAUAAAGUUUCCCCAACUCGAAUGUCCCAUGAAAAACCAUCUGAUCAGCCCCUUGCCGAUCACGGUCACAAUCAGCGGCUGAUUCUCCGGUUGCCAAACACUGGUCGCAGUCCUUCAAGGGGAGCUAGUGGGGGUUCUUUUGACGAACAUGCCAUCCCAUGUGGCAAAACAUCACCUCCUGCCGACAAGAAUGAGAGUCAGGACAGGAGAGUUAAACCUAAAACUGAUUGUAUGCAGACCCAUGCGUUGAAUGUGUUAAACGAUGUAUCCAAUGCUAAUGAAAUUACUGGUUCUGAUGAAGCUAAGGGUUCUCCACCGGUGCAUGAGCGGUGCAGGGUUAACGAAGAUGGUGAUAAAGCAACAGAUACGCCAAAAACAACUAGUUCUUCAUCUGGAUUUGUUUCCAGAUCAGGUCAGACUUAUGAUGCUUCUUUAAGCCCCAUGAAUGCAUUAGUUGAGAGCUGUGUAAAAUUUUCUGAAGCAAGUGCCUCUGUUUCCCCCGGAGAUGAUGGGAUGAAUCUUCUUGCUUCUGUGGCUGCGGGAGAAAUGGCCAGAUCUGAAAAUGCCUCACCGGAGAGGAAGUCUCCUGCAGCUGAUGAAUCAAGCUCUGGGAAUGAUUCCAAGUUGAGACAUUCUUUUGAAGCAGCUGUUCGCACUCUCAGACAAUCUGAUGGUGGGGCUUCUGGAGAGCAUCCUCUGAAUACUGUUGAGCCUUUGCAAUUCAAAAAUGAUUCUAGGCAUCCUGUGACAACAACAUUGCGUGAUUUUUCAGAUGGUGAAGCCAUUUCAUCUAGCUGUGUGGAGAAAACUGGUGAUGGUAGAACUCAAAUAAAUUUCUCUACUACAGAUGCAAUACAGAAUGCUGAAGGUCCAUGCUUACGGCCUGACACCAAAGAGGAUACUUCUGAAACUAUGUAUCCAGCUGGAAAGGAGUCUCAUGCAGAAGCUGGGGGAGCUGAGCGUUUUCAGGAGCAGAGGGAAAUGGGUACUCAAUGGGCUAAAAGCAGCAGUAGUUCAGACUCUAAAUUGAAGUCAAGGACUUCCUCUUUCAAUGAUGAUCAGAAGAUUGAUAACAUGGAUGACCGUAUCGCAGAGCAUGAGAAAAUGUUGGUUCCAAAAGCUGUUGCAAGUGUUAUGAAUGAAAAUGAACAUGGUAAAAAAUCGCCUGAGUUAUCUCCAGGUGUAGAUAAUGAGAGCCAGAUCAGUGCAGAGAAAGUCACAGGUAUGGUUAUACCAAUGCAAAAAGGCUCUCCUGUUGCAGAUAAAUCUGAGUCCAUUGAUUUAAUAAGGGAGAAUGUCAUGUCACCUGCUUCUGGUAAUGUUUUGACGAUCGCCAGGGAUGAAAUUGCUAAUAACGGGAAGCCCUUUGAGAAUAAACCUGAUGAAAAACGAAUGGAUCUGGAUUCAUCAGUUGCAGAUGGUGUUAAUAACCGGUUUGAAGAGAAUUUUGGUAGAGAAGAGGUUAUUGGCCACUGCUCUAGUUCAUCAGUAAAACCAGAUGUACCAAUUGUACCUGGAAAAGAUAAUGAUGUUCCCAAAACAAGUGAGUCUAACCUAGAAGGAAAGAAAUCUGUGGUUGCUGGAGAAUUGAAUGUGGGUGGUGCUAAUCCGUCACCAACUGCCACUGGUUCUGAUGCAGCUGUUAAACUGGACUUCGAUUUAAAUGAAGGAUACCCUGUUGAAGAUGUAAUCCAAGGGGAUAUUGUUAGACAGGAAGAACCUACCAGUUCAUCUGCAGUUCAUGUUUCGUGUCCAUUGCCAUUUCCCAUUCCGUCCCUCUCUGGGGCUUUCCAUGCUUCAAUUACAGUGGCUUCUGCUGCCAAAGGACCGGUUGUUCCACCAGAAAAUCCAUUACGGAGUAAAGGGGAACUUGGAUGGAAAGGGUCAGCUGCUACAAGUGCAUUCCGGCCAGCUGAACCUAGGAAAAAUGCUGAGAUGCCAUCAAAUACUAAUGAUAUGCCUUGUGUUGACGCCACAUCUGUCAAACAAGGGCGCCCUCCUUUAGAUUUUGAUUUAAAUGUUGCAGAUGAAAGGAGUUUUGAUGACGUUGCUUACCGAGGUUCCUUAGAAUCCGGACCACAUGACCGCAGCACUGUGGGACUGGAUCUUGAUUUAAACAGAAUGGAUGAGACUGCCGAAGCUGGAAAUUUCUCUAUGGGUAAACUGGAUAUUCCUUGUUUACCAAGUAAACCUUCAUUGUCCAGUGGGUUAUCUAAUGGCGGAAGUGUCUCACGAGACUUUGAUUUAAAUAAUGGGCCAGGUCUUGAUGAAGUUAGCACUGAAGUCCCAGUUCGUAGUCUGCAGAUGAAAAGUAGCGUGCCAUUUUCAAGUGCUGUUCAUGGCACCAGAACAAAUAAUGCUGAAUUUGGGAAUUAUUCUUGGUUUCCUCCGGGCAAUUCUUAUUCUGCAAUUACUGUCCCACCACUUCUGCCUGGUAGAGGAGAGCAGAGUUAUGUCGGUAGUUCUGGGGCACAGCGGAUCAUAGGUUCUACAGGUAGCACACCCUUUAGUCCUGAAAUGUACAGGGGGCCAGUACUUUCAUCCUCUCCAGCUGUUGCAUAUCCACCUACUGCCCCCUUUCCAUACCCAGGAUUUCCCUUUGAAACCAAUUUUCCAUUAUCUUCAAGCGCCUUUUCUGGUUGUUCAACAGCGUUUAUGGAUUCAUCAACUGUGGGCGGACUUUGCUUUCCUACCAUGCCCUCACAGCCAGUUGGACCUGGUGGUGUUGUCUCAUCUCCAUAUCCCCGUCCCUAUGUUAUGAGUCUUCCAGGUGGUACAAGUAAUGUAAUUCCGGAUAACAGAAAAUGGGGAAGUCAGAGUCUGGAUCUUAAUUCAGGCCCUGGUGGCACAGAUGCCGAGCGCAGAGAUGACAGAUUGCCUUCGGGAUUGAGGCAGCUGCCUGUCUCCAAUCCACAAGCCUUGAUGGAGGAUCACUUGAAAAUGUUUCAGAUGGCUGGUGCAUUAAAAAGAAAGGAACCUGAUGGUAGUUGGGAUGGAGCUGAUAGAUUCAGUUACAAACAUCCCUCAUGGCAGUAGGAUAAUGGCACUCUUUGAAGCAAUUUUUUAAGAGGUCAGCCCCUUAUUUUAUGGAAAAAUCAGAAAAAUUGGGGAAGUUAUAAGUGAUGCAACCUUUGCUGCUGAUGGGCCGAAAGUGAUCAGAACCUCUGAUGCGGUUGUUGUGUGCAAAUCUGGGUCCCACAGAUUGCCCUUUGCAGAUGAGUUUUUUUCCUGUGUAGAUAUCUAACUGAAACAGCAGGUGUGAUGAUAAUGCCCGCCUAGAAUCAGAGAAAAUUGGCAUCAAAAGUGUUUGACUGUUACUUUUCUGCAACAGCAGUGAGCCCAAUCCAUUCAUUCUCGAACAUUUGGAAGGAGAGAGGAUUGGAUUGUGGAUGUAUGAUGAACUGGCUAGGCUUGAGGCCAGUUUGGCUUCUGUUAAAUCAAUUUAUUUUUCAACUUUUGUUACAUAUAUAUAGUUAUUGCCGUAGUAGUUCUUGACUUCCGAAUUUUGUUACUUAUCACAUUCUGGUUAUUAUUGAUAUAUGCACAGGUUAGCCACCAUGCCCAAUUUGUCACUA